AUGUGCAAAUGGAUGCCACCCAUCGCUGGUCUCCGUCCUGACCUCGCCGUUGGCACUGCCCCCGCCGUGCUGCCCCCUCUCCCCAGUGCCGCCUCUGUCUGCCUGGCAUGCUUCACCCUGCUCCUGGUGGCUGGCACGGCUCUCGGAGGGUGCCCGCCGGGGGGGGCAGGAGGCGGCGGGCGUGAACCUCUGCGGGCGCUGGCAGGGGGCACCAACUGCUCCUGGACACUAGAGCGUCACACCCGCAGUUACAAUCACCUGGAGGGCGACGUCCGGCUCCGGCGCCUUUACUCCGCCAACAAGUUCUUCCUCUGCAUUGACAAGACGGGCAAGGUGGACGGCACCCGCCGCAAAAACUACGCUGACAGCCUAAUGGAAAUCCGAUCUGUCAGCGUGGGAGUUGUCGCCAUCAAAUCUGUCAGCACUGGGCUGUACCUAGCCAUGUCCAAAAAAGGCACGCUUUUUGGAUCGGUGAAAUACAGCCCUAGCUGCAAGUUCAAGGAGCGGAUAGAGGAGAAUGGGUACAACACGUACGCCUCGCUGCGCUGGAAACACGGCGGAAGGCAGAUGUUUGUCUCUCUGAAUGGCAGGGGGAAGCCACGGAGAGGCCAUAAAGCACGACGGAGGCACCCAUCCACCCAUUUCCUGCCCAUGCUGCCCUCAUAG